UCUAUCACUGCAGUCCCUAUGAACCUGGUAUCUACGUUUCCCGGGAAAAAAAUCAAAUCAUCUUUGCCAUCUCCAAUUUUUGGUGGUAACCUUGUACCUGAAAUAAAGCAGAGAUCUGUCCUGUCAGAGGAUGCCAUUGAUAAGCUUAAGGAGGCUAAGAUGCAUGCAGAGGAUGCAUCUGCUCUUGCUACUGCAGCUGUUAGUCACAGUGAAUAUGUAUGGAAGAAGAUAGAGCAACAAAGGCAUGCUGGCCUCCAGCCAGAAACUCAAGACAGAUUAGCUUCGGCUGCUGUUGCCAUAGCUGCUGCUGCUGCGGUGGCAAAGGCUGCAGCUGCUGCCGCCAAUGUUGCAGCUAAUGCUGCAUUGCAGGCCAAAUUGAUGGCUGAAGAAGCAUCCCUU